AUGUCGGAACUGACUUUUACCAAAUCAUUCCUGUCCACGCUGGACUCACGGCCUAUCAAGCUUCGCGCUGAUCAUGUCUUCGACCCAGAGCAAGUUGGACUACGAGUUCCCGCACCAGGCUCAUCCAAAUCAAUCACUGUCCGCGUCAAGUCUGCCCGCAACCCUGCUCUGGAAUUCCUGAUCUCCAAUGCCCCUCUCUCGACCACCUCGGUCCAGGACAUCCGGGAUGCUGUGCAAGUGCGCGUCACCGAUGUGCACGGAGGCCAAGUUCCGCUAGACAAGAUCAAGAUCUUAUACAAGCGCAAGCCAGUUACUGGGAGCGGGAAGACAUUGGCCGAGGUAUUGGCAGAUGAACCCGCGAUUAUGGCGGGAGGCAAAGAAGUCGAGAUCGGGGUGAUGAUUAUUGGUGGCGCCCAGGUGGUUGAAUCUGCUGUGGCUCAACCGGAGAUUCCAGAGAAGCGGGAUGAAUCACCGCCCAAGGCUGCUAUAGGUCCGAGUGGGGAGGAGGUGUUGCAUACAGAGGCUUUCUGGGAUGACCUGCAAGGCUAUCUCCAGCAGCGAUUGAAGGACGAAGAAGAAGCAAAACGGUUGAGAUUGGUGUUCAAAGAAGCGUGGAGCUCAGCCAAGUAG